AUGUCACUCCUAAAAUCAGAUUGGCCAGAUUCGUCAGAAUCUCGUCAACGAAUGCUCGAGUCGGCGUCGAGCAGUCAAUUCCCUCAAUACUAUGAGGCAACUCUCAAAGAGAAAGUGAUACAAUUGUUGCGUCGAAUCAAGCCAGCUUUAAUCAUUUUCCUCACACCAAUGAUUUUCUCAUUUUUGCUCAUCAACGGACAAAGGGAGUUCCGAUGCGCGUUCUGCGUUUGCGUGAUGGCCGUUUACUGGAUGACCGAGGUGAUGCCCCUUGCCGUGACAGCCAUGCUGCCUGUUGUUCUUUUCCCAUUCACGGGCGUUCUCGAUUGCAACAACACCGCUAAAGAAUAUAUAAAUGACACAAAUUUCCUCUUCAUCGGCGGUUUGAUAAUGGCGGCAAGUGUGGAAAAAUGUGAUCUUCAUGAAAGAGUUGCCCUUUCGGUGCUCCGUCUCGUCGGCAGUCAACCGAAAUGGAUCAUGGCCGGUUUCAUGAUUGUCACCGCGUUGCUCAGCAUGUUCAUCUCGAACACCGCCACAACAGCGAUGAUGGUCCCUAUCGGUCAAUCGGUCAUCUCACAACUCGUCGAAUCUUUCGAAGCACACCCAAAUACGGGAAGCAGUCGAUUGGGUUGCCGAAAAAUGGCCACCGGUUUGGUGUUGUCGAUUUGUUUCGCGGCGAAUAUCGGUGGAACGGGCACAGCCACGGGGACACCCUCAAAUCUUGUGAUGCUUGGGCAAUUAACAAACCUUUUCCCUGCCGAGGACGGUUCGUUGAACUACAUCUCGUGGAUUUUCUUCGCCGUCCCGUUGAUGUUGGUUUGUUUGAUUUGCUGCUGGGCGACACUAUGGGUUUUCUUCUUGAGGAAGGCUCCGGGAGAGGAUGAGCAUGUCACAAAGAUGCUUCACGAAAGAUAUGAGCAAUUGCCGAGGAUGAGUUAUGCCGAGAAAUCGGUGUUCUCGUGUUUUGUCUUGCUGCUCUGUUUGUGGAUGUUCAGAAAUCCGGGAGUGGUACCUGGAUUUGGGAAAUAUUUCGCCAAGGGUUAUUACACGGAUGCAACAUCAGCAAUCAUCGUCUCAAUGCUUCUCUUCAUGUUACCCGCCGAAAAACCCGAGCUUUUAAGGAUAUUCAGGCCUGAAGAAGUGAAGAAAGGGCCGCCGCGGUUGAUGGAUUGGGCUACAAUGCAAAAGAGUUUCCCAUGGAGUGUCGUGUUGUUGUUGGGUGGAGGUUUCGCUCUAGCUGCAGGUGUCAAAGAAUCUGGGCUGUCUCAAAUGCUUGGUCAACAUAUGAGCGCGUUGAAGGGACUUGAUUCGUGGGCACUACAGGGAUUAUGCAUGGCGAUUGCGAUGUUGGUGACAAAUAUUUGCUCGAACACGGUGACCGCGAGCAUCUUCGUGCCGAUCGUCGCCACUUUGGCGCAAGAGGUCGAAAUCCAUCCAUUCCAACUGAUGUUACCCACGACUCUUGCCUGUUCAUUCGCUUUCGUUCUCCCAGUGGGCACACCGCCGAAUGCGAUCGUUUUCGGCUCAGGAAUGGUCAAAGUCUCUGACAUGAUGUUUGUCGGUUUCGUCUUAUCCCUUGAGACUCUCUUCUUGACGAUUGUCUACAUGAAAACGGCGGCGCUCGUUUUCCUUCCUCUAUCCGAUUUCCCUGCUUGGGCAGCACUUCCCGGUUCUUUAAAUGAAACACUUCUCAUU